AUGAGAAGGACGUGGCCCGGUGCCCGCUGCCCGGUCACGAUCGACAACGUCUUCAGCGCGCCGACGCCCACGCAGGUCAAGGUGUUCUACGAGUCUAGCAGCAGCAAAGGAAAACCUUUUGAUCACUUACCCAAAGGCGAAGAGCUUGCCUGGACCGAGUCUUUCCACGACAAGACGUUGAUGGGAUUUAUUGUGUACGCCCAGCUUCUUCCCAAGCUGUUACAGAACAGAAUCAAGCUCAAUGCCGCAACGUACCACUGGGCGCAUCUGGACAACUCCAAGGAAAAGGGGAGUACCAAACUCGAACAACGUCGCCGCGCCGUAGACAGGCUCAAGAGAAAUGGCUCCACGCGCUCGGUCUUCAUGAGACUUCCGUACAGGGUGGACACUUCGGCAAACAUACUGGCCUUCAUGAAGCUGGACGUGGAGGAAGAGGACGAGAGGUUCAGAUUUUUUACCAAGCGCGAGUUCUCCAUGAUUUUUUCGAAGCGGGGACAAGUCAGCAGUUCGUCUGUGUAUGCCUCGUGCUCCAUGGCACUGUCCCUACUCUGGUUUGCAACGGCGGCUUUGGCCCGGCCCUGCUGCCUCGAGUCUAUCAUCCUUCCACUCUCCGUCACGGAAAGGCGAGCGAUGGAGCAGAGAUUCAAGUGCCCGCCGCAAUUUUUCGACGGGCCCAUCCAAAGCUUUCAAACCAACUGGAAAGACGUGUUCGCCGCCAUCGACACGCAUCAUCGGAACAUCAACUACACGAUGCUCGAGAAAGCUUGCGAACACAAGGACAAAUCGGUCGAAGCCAUUGGUAAAAUCGACGGCGGGGUGCUAGGCAGCAUCGUUUCUGCCCACGGACAGAGGGCGUGCCUCAAGGUCCAAGCGGAGUGCAGCAGGCUGGAAGGAGGGUCGUCUCUGUUUGACGACAGUGUCAGCAACAAGCUAAAUGAGAUUUUGGCACACUUCGAUUGCGAGCUGUGGAAGGCACGAAAGAAGGACAAGGUGGAGCGGGUAGUUGCUGCCAAAAUGGACCCCGCCGGCAUGAACAAAAAGAUCGAGGGAGGGAAGAUCCUCGACCCCACAGACCCGAAAUCGAUCGAUCGCAUGCACACAAUGCUAACGGUUAUCUCGAGGCAGGUUUGGAAACCCCUCAAGAAAUUGAUUGGGAAAGCGCUGGGGGCAAGCCUCGAGUACCCAGCCGCCUUCCUGCGCAUUUCACAGCAAGAGGGAGAACAUCAGUACAAGCACAUGAUAACUGCGGGCGUGCUGCGAGAAUCAACUAUCGACGACUUUGUACUCGCGCUAGACGCGACGCACUACAAGUUUUCCUUGAAGGGUAGGAGGUUCAAAACUGCAUCUUCGGGAGGGGCCUCGUCCGCACCGCCUGUGUCACACUUUAUGCUAUCGCCAGAUCAGUCCAUGAUCACAAGACUCAUAGCUACUGUGGGGCACAUGUAUUGCGGCAUACAGCAGUGCUUGGACAAUGAAGCAAGGAGGCUGUUCGUUAAUUCAGAGGGUCAGAGCUGCACUCAGAAAGACAUAUCGUCGCGCUUCAAGAGAAUUGGCAUGCAUUGGUUGGGCAUCUCCAAUUUGGACCCCAUUGGCUCUAAUUUAGACUUCAGUAGCUUUCUACAAGUUUCGAGCACCACUCUGAGAAACAGUUACAUGGCGGCAGCAGCGAAUACCGCCGCGCACACCGUGGGUAACGAAUUGUUGGGGGCGGUAGUGAACUCCGCUUGCACGGGAGAAACGACAGAGAAGGGCGCUCGGCCGUACGGGAAGAAACUGAGCGCUAGGAGGCUGGAGUUCGCGGGAGACAUUCGAGCCUCUCUCGCAAAGUUUAGCGGCAAUGGUAGACUGCUGUUCCGUGCUUUUUUGCAGAAGAGGAAUGCUUCUCAGCUUGUAGAGGGAGAGAAAUGGUUCCGAAGGGAGAACACGUUUUUCAGUCAGAGCGAUGAACGGCUGUUUCAACGGUUUGUGGACAAGGCGAACGCUUAA